AGUGCUACAGUAAACUCAGUGCCACUUGAACGCUCGGGAGGUGAAGACCUAUAACUUUGUGUUCUCUUCUAAGUUUAUUUUAUGUUCAACCAUCUUUCUAAAAUAGCAUUUUACAACUACUCAGCUCCAACAGUCAGUAGUAUUAACAACUUUCCCUACAGCCAUGAGUUCUUCAGAUCACACUAUGAAGUACACUUCACCCCCACCCAAGUACGAGGACGUGGUGUUUGGUGCACCCGCAGGUGUGCAUGGUCAGGAGGGGGCUGCCACUGCACCCCGGUUACCACAGAACUACACGCAUGAACCACUCCCAUAUGUAUUGAUACCGAGGGAGCAGUUACAGCCAGUAGUUCCUGGGCAACUCACUGACACCUUCUGUCCCGCUGGUUUUGAAUGUUUGCUGACGGCUCAGGAGAUUAAAGUUUACCCCUCUCAAAGCCGAGUGAUCAAGAUAAAGAAUCCUCAGAAGGAGUUGGUGUUCACAGCAAAAUAUGAAUAUGAGGGUGAUUGUCUUACCUGUUGCUGUGAGGCUGGCGGUCAGAUGGGCUUCACCAUCAGAACACCAGACAAGCGGCCACUUGCCUAUAUGAAGAAAUUCAAUGACUCUGGAUUCUUCACUGACAUUAAGUAUAUGGACGUAAGUGUGAUACCUGAUGUGCCGUUGGGCAGAAUACAGUGUAAGAAUAACACCAAGUUCACCAUCAGCAACACCUCAGGCGACCAACUCUUUAUCAUCAGGAGGAAGACAUCGUUCUUAUCCAACACUAUCUACGAGAUCAACAGACCAGACGGCCCAGUUUUUGCAUUGAUCGAAGUAGCUGGAAUAAAGCACAAGCUCAAGGUCCCCCCUGACAUGCAAGUGAAAAACAAAAUCCUACUUAUUUUUCUUUCCAUAUUUGCACAACAUCAAAAGGACGUUAAUAGGCGGAGGAACUAGCCGCUACAAGAUGACGGUGGUGAAAUUAACCUGGAUUUUCUACCUUUAUACAAUGUUGGAAGGAAGCGUGGCUAGUGUACAACCAGGAGUCUGGUGCUGGACGCCCUCCACCCUAAGAUUAUCCUUAAAAAAUCAUCUAUCGUAGUUUGUUCUUAAUUUUGUAAAGUUAGCAUUGAUGAUGAUGGCAGUGCGGCAACGCGGUGACAAAAUUGUCAUCUAGGUGUGGAGAACCUGUUCCAAGGGUGUGUAGAUUGGCCUCCUCAUUAUACAGUACAAUAUAUUAAUAGUAGGAGUUUUCAUCUGCAUUUUUUUUUAUUGGAAUUAUUAAUGCCCACCCGGGCACAGGUCGAACGACCCACAACGGGGCCUAGGGGGCACAAAAAUAAGAAUAGAAAGAAAUUAGAAAUAUAAAAGGAAAAGGUAAUAUUAAUCUACACCAAGGAAGAUACCGGAAAACCAGCUAUUUAAAGUGAGACUGUAGUGGAUAUCUCCCCUGCAACUACAACUGCCAUUUGUCGCUGACUAGCCGACCCCUCUUCAAAUUCCCCAGCCAACGCCUCGUGGUCUAAGGUCGACCUCUAGCGCCGCCUAACAAAGCGGAGGUCAACUAUCAAGCCACGCCUACCCCUGCUAUAUAAGACCUCACCUCGCCGUGACCUCCCUCUUCUACCUACAGCAGCGCAGCGCAACACCUCCUCUGAGCAAGCGCCUCACCAACGAGCUCUCUCUACUCCACGCUUGUAACCACACUGCCACUUCCCAACACCAAGCUUCACUGUAUAUAAAAUACAAUAUGUAUACAGAGAGCGCA